GCGCUGCGGAACCACUUGCGUUCGGGUUUCAUCUCCGGUAGGAUCAAAUCACCGUCAUCGCCGUUUUACCUGGGCACCGCAAUACCAAAAAGGCAGGCAUAACAAAUCGCAUUAAAUCAUUUUCACCAGUGACCAUUUGCACUGUUUUGUUUCGUGUCCCGUGUGUUGCUUUGUUUCACGUUGCUAAGUGAUUUUAUGAUCAGUGUGACAAACAGGCUGCACAAACGGAUACAUCAGCGCAUCAAGCAUGGCAUCAUCAUCACAGCUGAAGGUUCUUUCGCCGAAUGUCCACUAUACGGACGAACACAUUGAAGUGGACUACCAGUAUCAAACGACAACGGUGGUUAGCAGCGGUCCGAGCGGCUACACGGUGAAACCUGAGACAACGGAGUUGAACAUCCGCACCGGGCGCCAGGUUCCACGGAUGGGAUUGAUGCUGGUUGGCUGGGGUGGAAACAAUGGUUCGACACUAACUGCCGCCCUGGAGGCAAACAAACGCAACCUGGAAUGGCGCACCCGGCAGGGUAUCCAGAAGGCCAACUGGUACGGUUCGAUCACACAGUCGUCUACGGUUCUGCUCGGUUCGGAUGCAACCGGGCAGGAUGUGUAUAUCCCGAUGAAUGAGCUCGUACCGAUGGUGAACCCGAACGAUAUCGUAGUCGACGGAUGGGACAUUAGCUCGAUGAACAUUGGUGAUGCGAUGAAGCGAGCGCAAGUUCUUGAAGUGGAACUGCAGGAUCAGGUGUACAAGCGCCUGUCGCAGAUGCGUCCUCGGCCUUCGAUCUACGAUCCGGAUUUCAUUGCCGCCAAUCAGGCGGAGCGUGCGGAUAACACGAUUCGGGGAACUCGUUACGAGCAGUACCAGCAGAUUGUGAAGGAUAUUCGCGAGUUUAAGGAACAGUCCGGCGUGGAUAAGGUGGUCAUUCUUUGGACGGCUAAUACGGAACGGUUUGCCGAGGUGAAGGAAGGUUUGAACACCACCAUGGCCGAUUUGGAGCGUUCGUUGAAGCAGAACCACUCGGAGAUCUCUCCUUCGACGAUCUUCGCUAUGGCUGCUAUUGCGGAAAAUUGUAUCUACAUAAACGGAUCGCCGCAAAAUACGUUUGUGCCCGGUGUAAUUGAGAUGGCGGAACACUACGGUGCGUUCAUCGCAGGAGAUGACUUUAAAUCAGGACAAACGAAGCUAAAAUCCGUACUGGUAGACUUCCUCGUUUCGGCCGGCAUCAAGCCCGUCUCGAUCGUCAGCUACAACCAUCUGGGUAACAACGAUGGCAAGAAUCUCUCGGCCCCGCAGCAAUUCCGCUCGAAGGAGAUCUCCAAGAGCAACGUGGUGGACGAUAUGGUUGCAUCCAAUCACAUUCUGUACGGUGCCGACGAGCAUCCGGACCAUUGCGUCGUGAUCAAGUACGUACCGUACGUGGGUGAUAGCAAGCGAGCGAUGGACGAGUACACCAGCCAGAUCAUGCUCGGCGGUCACAACACACUGGUCAUUCACAAUACCUGCGAGGAUUCGCUUCUGGCCACGCCGCUCAUCCUUGAUUUGGCCAUUUUGGGUGAGCUUUGCUCGCGCAUACAGAUUCGCCGUAAGGAAGCAGCGGGCGGAGAGUUUGUCCCGUUCCGGUCAGUCCUUUCGCUGCUAAGCUAUCUUUGCAAAGCACCAUUAGUACCGCAGGGCACACCGGUCGUCAAUUCGCUCUUCCGUCAGCGAACGGCAAUCGAGAACAUUUUGCGCGCCUGCAUUGGUCUGCCACCGCUGAGUCAUAUGACGCUGGAGCACCGUUUCGAUCUGCCCAUCGGUGAGAGCCAGUCGGAGGGACAACACAUUGCCAAGAAGGCACGUGUUAAUGGUUCGGUUCCUUUUGCGAACGGCACCAGCGACAAAUGUAACGGUGUACAUAAUGGUGAUGCUCAUUCUUCGGAGGAAGUGAGCAGUCACUAACUUGCGUUGCUAAUUUUUUUUUUUUUGGAUGGACAGACAUGCAGCGUACACGUUGACGUCUUUACUUCCCAUCCGAGGAUUCAAUGGUUUCUCCCUUAACAAGAACCCGUUAUUGAUCUAUACAUGGAUAGUAUAGCACAUUUAAUGAACCAGACAUGUUCGUUUUCCCGCAAGUUUUUUUUUCAAACCUGGAGGAAGUAUUGUAAUAACCGAAACCUUUCUAUCCAGAGCUGGCUUGUAAUGUAAAAGCAAAGAACUGAACUGAACACAGGCAGCAAGCAGUACGACAAACAGACAAACGAAAAGGAUACAAUAUUCAUAUAGAACAGUAGUUAUCUGUUCCCUUUCCCGGAAUGUUUAUCCAGUCUAGUGUUAAGGAUUCGUAAACAUAUGUACUAUGUAAGCGUUUAUGGAACAAGAAAAUAAACUACACACUAGAAUGUGACUA